CCGGGUGCCGGGGGCGGGGGCUCCCACAGCUGCUGGCGGUCCAGCCAGGUGAGAUGUGGCGGCUGCUGCUGCUGCUGGGGCUCUGGGGGCUCUGGGGACCGCUCGGUGCCUUGGCCCAGGGCGCCCCAGCCGGGACCGCUCAGGCCGAGGACGUGGUGGACUUGGAGUUUUCCACCGAGCAGCCGCUCCAUCUCGUGAGUCCCUCGUUCCUGUCUGUCACCAUUGACGCCAACCUGGCCACCGACCCGCGGUUCCUCACCUUCCUGGGCUCACCAAGGCUCCGCACGUUAGCCAGAGGUUUAUCUCCUGCGUUCUUGAGAUUUGGUGGUACCAAGACUGACUUCCUGAUUUUCGAUCCCAAGAAGGAACCAACUUUUGAAGAAAGAAGUUACUGGCACUCUCAAGUCAAUCACGAUAUUUGCCAGUCUGAGCCUGUCUCUGCCGACGUGGUGAGGAGACUCCAGACGGAAUGGCCCUUCUUCGAGCUGUUUCUGCUGAAAGAACAGUACCACAAGCAGUUCAAGAACAGCACCUAUUCAAGGAGCACAGUGGACAUGCUGUACAGUUUUGCGAAGUGCUCGGGCUUAGACCUGAUCUUUGGUCUCAAUGCUUUACUAAGAACUCCAGACCUGCGGUGGAACAGCUCCAACGCUCAGCUGCUCCUGGGCUACUGCGCUUCCCAGGGCUACAACAUCUCCUGGGAACUGGGCAACGAGCCCAACAGUUUCUGGAAGAAAGCUCAUGUUUUCAUCGAUGGGCUGCAACUGGGAGAAGAUUUUAUUGAGUUGCGUAAGCUUCUGCGAAAGUCAGGUUUCAAAAAUGCAAAGCUCUAUGGUCCUGACAUUGGUCAGCCUCGAGGGAAGACGGUUAAGCUGCUGAGCAGUUUCCUGAAGGCUGGCGGGGAAGCGAUCGACUCAGUGACGUGGCAUCACUACUACUUGAAUGGACGCAUUGCCACCAAAGAAGAUUUUCUGAGCUCUGAUGUGCUGGACACGUUUAUUUUAUCUGUGCAAAAAAUUCUAAAGGUGACUAAGGAAAUGCGACCCGGCAAAAAGGUCUGGUUGGGAGAAACGAGCUCUGCCUCUGGGCUGGUGGUGCACCCCUCGCUGUCCGACACCUUUGCUGCUGGCUUUCUGUGGCUGGAUAAACUGGGCGUGUCGGCCCAGGUGGGCCUAGACGUGGUGAUGAGGCAGGUGUUCUUCGGAGCAGGCAGCUACCACUUGGUGGACGAGAACUUCGAGCCCUUGCCUGAUUACUGGCUAUCUCUUCUGUUCAAGAAACUGGUAGGUCCCCAGGUGCUAAUGGCGCGAGUGAAGGGCCCAGCCAGAAGCAAACUUCGCGUGUAUCUCCAUUGCACAAACACCUACCACCCAAGAUAUCAGGACGGAGACUUAACUCUGUAUGCCUUGAACCUCCAUAAUGUCACCAAGCACGUUAAGCUGCCAUACCAACUGUUGAACAAGCCAGUGGACAAGUACCUCCUAAAGCCUGGACCCGAGGGGUUACUUUCCAAAUCUGUCCAACUGAACGGUGAGACCCUGAAGAUGGUUGACGACCAGACCCUACCAGCUUUAACAGAGAAACCUCUCCGCCCAGGCAGCUCACUAGGAAUGCCUGCCUUUUCGUAUGGUUUUUUUGUCAUAAGAAAUGCUAAAAUUGGCUGCUGUUUAUGA